AUGGAAGAUAACUAUCAGAUUGUGAGAGAAAAUCUUGACAGAGAUGAAAGUAAAACAGAAGACCUUUCUAAUUCUAUUGCAUCAACUUCCCAGCAGCUUGAUGACCUUCAAACUUCCAUAAAUGGAAUGACAAUUACUGAAAUUGCCUCAAAUAUACUCCAUAUAAUUGAUCAAAUUCAUAAUAUAUCAGAUAAUUUCAACGAAAUAUCUAACCAAACAAAUGAACUUAUUGCAAGUCAUCUCGAAACAGAAGAACAGUUUGAAAAAUUGCUUGAGAAAGAAAAGGCAAUGCAGGAUAUGAUAGAUAAGAUUUAA